GAGAGUUUAGGUCUUUCUCGGGGGAAGGAAGGAUGAAUGCCGACAGUGGCCAUCGCAAGGGCGAGAUCGCGGAGCUUAAAUCCCAGCUCCGGCAGCUCGCGGGUAGCCGGGCGCCCGGCGUGGAGGAGGUGAAGCGCGAGCUCUACAAGAAGGUAAUCUCCUACAUGACCAUCGGCAUCGAUGUCUCGUCGCUCUUCAGCGAGAUGGUGAUGUGCUCCGCGACAUCGGAUCUCGUCGUCAAGAAGAUGUGCUACCUCUAUGUCGGGAAUUACGCCAAGGUCCAUCCAGAUCUAGCGCUGCUCACCAUAAAUUUCCUCCAGCGGGAUUGCCAGGACGAUGAUCCGAUGAUCCGGGGCCUGGCGCUGCGGAGCUUGUGCUCCUUGAGGGUGAUGAAUUUCGUGGAGUACUUGGUCGGGUCUCUCAGGAAGGGCCUCAAGGAUAACAAUGGUUACGUGAGACAGGUAGCUGCGAUGGGAGUGCUCAAGCUCUACCACAUUGCUCCUACUGCUUGCAUUGAGAAUGAUUUCGUGGCUACAUUGAAGAGCAUGCUUUCUCAGGAUCCCGAUGCUCAGGUGGUCGCGAACUGUCUGUGUGCGCUGGAAGAGAUUUUGGUUCUGGAGAGAACCAACAGUGACCGUGCAAACAAAGAUCGGGAGAUGCUACAUAGCAAGCAAAUCGUUUUCUCGCUGCUAAACAGGAUCAAGGACUUCUCCGAAUGGGCUCAAUGUCUCGUGCUUGAUAUGGUAUCGAAGUACAUUCCGGUGGAUCCAAAUGAGACAUUUGAUAUCAUGAACCUGUUGGAAGAUCGGCUGCAGCAUUCCAAUAGUGCGGUGGUGCUAGCAACUAUCAAAGUUUUUCUUCAGCUGACAAUCUCUAUGGCCGACGUUCACCAGCAAGUAUACGAAAGGAUAAAAGCUCCUCUGCUUACUUUGAUAAGCUCGGGCAGCCCAGAGUUAUCGUAUGCGGUGCUCAGCCAUCUCCAUUUGUUGGUAAUGAGAGCACCCAUACUGUUCUCAUCCGAUUACAAACAUUUUUACUGUCGCUAUAGUGACCCGUCUUACGUGAAAAAGCUGAAAAUUGAGAUGCUUACUGCCGUUGCGAGCGAGAGCAACAUGUACGAAAUUGUGACAGAGCUUAGCGAGUACGCGGCAAACGUGGACGUUGGAAUAACGCGAGAAGCCAUAAGGGCCGUGGGAAAAAUCGCGUUAAACCUUUGCGACGUCAAUGCGAUCGUUGAUCGGCUGCUUCAGUUUUUAGAGAUGGAGCGGGAUUAUGUUACUGCGGAAACACUGGUCUUAGUGAAAGACUUGGUGAGAAAGUACCCAGAAUGGAGUCAUGACUGCAUUGCGGUUGUUGGAAAUGUGAGUAGCAAAAGUAUUCAAGAACCGAAAGCGAAGGCAGCUCUCAUAUGGAUGCUCGGAGAGUAUUCUCAUGAUAUGCUCGAUGCACCUUAUGUGCUUGAAAGUUUUGUGGAUAACUGGCUGGAAGAGGACUCUCCCGAGGUUCGUCUGGAGUUGCUGACAGCCGCAGCAAAGAUUUUUUUCAAACGACCACCUGAAAGCCAAAAGCUUCUUGGAGCUGCAUUAGCAGCAGCGGUUGACGAUCCUGAUCAGGACGUCCACGACAAGGGUCUGUUCUAUUAUAGGCUUCUUCAACAAGGGGUUCAAACUGCGGAGUCAAUAGUCAAUCCACCAAAGAAGGCAGUCUCUGAUUUUGCAGAUAUCCAAAACAGUGAAAUGAGAGAUCGAAUAUUUGAUGAAUUCAACAGCCUAUCUGUCAUCUACCGCGAGCCUUCGUACAUGUUUUUGGACAAGGAACAUAGAAAACUGUACGAGUUUUCUGAUGAAGCAGCCCCAACUGAUGUGUUGCCGACACAAAAACUGGACGCAAACGACAAUGAUUUGCUCCUUGGUGCGUUUGAUAAGGAAGAAAGCCAAAGUGGCGUGAGCAACGGGGAUGAUGGACCACUCAGUGCGCCACGAUCGCCAUCUCCAACGCUACUAGGUGACUCAGUGCCUCCAGUGUCAGCUUCAAAUAUUCCUGCGGCAUUCGGGAUUGAUGAUCUCCUCGGCCUGAACAUCUCUACGCCACCUCCUCCUCCGCCAUCAUUGGUACUCAGCUCAAAGCCAGUUCUCGACUCUGGCACGUUUCAAAAGAAAUGGUCACAGCUUCCUGUUGCUCUAAGUUUCGAGCAUCCAAUCUCAGCGCAGAGCCUCAAGACCACUCAGCCGCUUCUGCGCCAUAUGCAGGAAAAAUCUGUGCAGUGCAUGGCGUCGGGUGGCCAGAGCCCGACUUUCAAGUUCUUCUUCUUCGCGCAGAAGGCCGAUGGGAUGCCUGGGACAGGCUUCUUCCUCGUGGAGUGCCUGGUCCAUACGAGCGCAGGAAAGGCCAGCGUUAAAGUAAAGAGCGAAGAUUCGACAUUUACAGCGGCCUUUAGCGACCUUUUCAAGUCCGCACUAUCGUCCUUCAUGUAGCAUUUGACCAGUAGCUCGAGUUGUCUAGAUGAACAAGUGCAAGAGAAAGAAAGAAAUCCUUGAGGUUUGCGGCCUACAUUGUGCUUUCAA